CUUUCUUUCACAUUAAAUCAAUUGGUGCUAAAUCAUGGCAAGCAAAGCCGCAUAUAAACGCUUAACAAAAGAAUACCUUGCCAUUCAGAAAAGUCCGCCUCCAUUCAUUACAGCUCGACCUCUGGAAAGCAAUAUUCUCGAGUGGCACUAUGUAAUACGUGGGCCGCCAGAUACACCAUACCAUAAUGGCUGGUAUUGGGGAAAGCUCAUCUUCCCAUCGGAUUAUCCAUUCAAGCCACCUAGUAUUCGCAUGUCCACACCUUCUGGCCGGUUCCAGACAGACACAAGAUUGUGCCUUACCAUGAGUGACUUUCAUCCUAGUUCAUGGAAUCCUAGCUGGUCUGUGGCUACCAUUCUUAACGGUUUACUAAGCUUCAUGGUAACGGACGAGACAACAACGGGAAGUAUCAAGACGAACGAUGCAGAGAAGAGGAUAUACGCAGCUCGAUCACAUAAAUUCAAUACGAGCAGUACGAAAUUUCGAGGUAAGGGUUCUCCUCUAUCGAUAACAGAGUCGCCCUCCUUUUUCAUUUGAACUUAAGCCUACCUCGUUUCCUUUCUCCCAAAUAGAUAUUUUCCCUGAAUUCUGUCAACCGGAAAUCCUUACUCGACCACAACAUGAUAAUGCACCUAGUCAUAAUAUGACGCAACGACGCAAUCGAACAACCGCAAAUGCUAAUCCUGUAGCAUUAGCAACGGCACAAAUUGUCGCUGAUACAGGAGCAAGUGCCACCGCAGCAGUACAGCAGAACCGACAAUCUCGGUUCAAUCAAUGGAGGCGAUGGCUACUCGUCCUUG